AUGGAAUUCAAUUUUAUCUACGUCUCACAAAAAUCAGUAAAAGAAAGGGUUCUGGCUGAUUUUUUGGCCGAUCAUCCUUCAACUGAUAUUGAUCCAUGGGUUUAUGAUGAAUUGGAGUCAUCAGCUAUAUUCUUGACUCUUUGGAUCUUGAUGUUUGAUGGAUCAAGCACGGCUGAUGGAGCAGGAGCAGGUAUUGUUAUUAUUUCGCCAGCUGGCAGAAAGGCUUCAUUCUCUUUCUUUUUAGAUUUUAAAUGUUCAAAUAAUCAGGUCGAAUAUGAAGCGCUUAUAAUCGGCCUGGAGAUUUUAAUUGAAAUGGCUGUUAGAGAUAAUAAGGAGGCCAACAGCAUGGCCCAAGUAGCCUCAGGAAUAAGAGUACCAGUCGGAAUAGAAGAUCAGUUGAUAAAGAUAACACGAAGAUCUUUGCCAUCGGCCGAAUUGAGAAAUACUAUGUUUGAUACUUGGACAAUUGAUGUAGAAGAUUUGGCCGACGAUGACUGGAGGAUACCAUUUAUAAUGUUCCUUCGAAAUCCAAACAUCAAGGCUGAUAGAAGUAUUAAAAGAAAAGCGAUCAACUUUGUGCUUCUAGAUGGGGAUCUAUACAGAAAAGGGUUAGAAGAUGGACUCUUACUACAAUGCAUAAGCAAGGAGGAAUCACUUCAGGUUAUGGCCGAGGUACAUGAGGGCAGCUGUGGGGCUCACCAAGCUGGGAUUAAAAUGAGAUGGCUGAUUCGCAGCGAAGGCCAUCACUGGGUGAUUGUUGCCACAGAUUAUUUUACUAAAUGGGUUGAGGCCAAGGCUUGCAAAGCGGUUGAUCAGCAAACAGUGAUUAAUUUCAUGGAACAAAACAUCAUCCACAAAUUUGGGAUUCCAGAAACAUUUGUUUCAGACAAUGCAACAGUAUUUAGGGUAACUGAUGUACUACAAUUCGGCCACAACAUGAAUAUUCAUAUGUCAGCCUCUACGCCAUACUAUGCUCAAGCAAAUGGCCAGGCCGAAUCUUCAAACAAGAUUCUAAUUGAGAUCAUUGAAAAAAUGAUCAAAGAUAAGCCAAGAAGGUGGCAUGAGACUUUGUCUGAAGCUUUAUGGGCCUAUAGGAACUCAAAAAAAACAGGCACAGGAGUUACACCAUACAUGUUAACUUAUGGUCAUGAUGCUGUUCUGCCUAUGGAGAUGAAGGUUAAAUCAGCCAGAGUUGCUUUUCAAAAUAAUCUAACUGUAGCUGAUUAUACUCAAGCAAUGUUGGUAGAAUUGGAAGAUUUGGAUGAAUUUAGAAGGGAUGCCUUGGAUCAUAUCAUAGCUCACAAGAAGAAAGUGAUGAAGAUUUACAACAAGAGGGUAAAACCUAAGUCUUUUGCUGCAGAAGAUUUGGUUUGGAAAUUUGUUUUGCCAGUGGGUAAAGUCGAUAGGAAAUAUGGGAAGUGGUCCCAAAAAUGGGAAGGGCCAUACUUAGUCCAUCAAGUCUUAAGUGGAGGAGUAUAUAGGCUGAAGUAUUUCAGUGGCCGAUUACAUGACUAUCCCAUUAAUGGCAAGUACCUCAAGAGGUACGUACCGGCAAUCUUUGAAAGGGAAAAUUAG